CUGCAGUAUACAAUAAAUCAACAACAUAAAUAAUAAGAUAUAGCUAGCUGUCCAUAAUAUUUUUAUAAUACACAGUAUUACUACAAAUUAGCAAUCAAUAUCCGUUUUUUAUAUUUGAAUUUUUAUGGUUUUAUUUCCGGAAUCUCAUAAACACUACAAUAGGCCUAUAAUUUCUCUAUGAAUUAAAAUCAAUAUGUACCCGAACAAAAUAUUCCCGGCAUUAUCAGACAAGAUAGGCAUUCUUUAAAUUGUCAAGAUGAGACGUUCAUGCAGCGAAUUGUCAUUCCAAAAUAAGUAAUUGGGCCAGCAUAUCAGGCCUAUUGUCUAUUUCUCAGAGGCCCAUAGUUGUGUAGCUUGGCUUGUAAAAUCCCGCCGUAAUCUGCUCAUGCAUUUGGAUAUACGCGCGCGCGGUCUUUAAUUCGAUCGUAUACUAUUACAAUAAAGCCAAUGCCCUAUAUGGAAUUCCGUUCCCAAGCAGACAUGGCAAUGUUGUUGUUUUUUUCUAUAUAGGCUUUUGUACAAAAGAGACAAUUACUCGUAUCGUACAAUUUCCUGCACUGCGGAGACGGUCCCUUACAGUAAGAGGCACUCAACUUUAUGGAGGCACUACAAAACAGACCGAUCCCAGCUUUCACAAUUCCCUGCUGCUUUUAUCAUGCAACCAGCUGCACCGCACACCGCGAGUAACGUUCGCAUGAUGCAGACGAUCCCUUUGUCGACCGCAUGCCAGUAACCUUUACCCGGGCCGCUUUCUGGUCUCUGAUUGGCGCAUUCCUUACCGCUAAGCUUCGGUGCUUCGUUAUCGCUUCCCCUUCAUAACUGCUGUGUGCGGUUGGCAGUUAUCCUGGGCUAGGUAAAUGUAUUCCAAUAUACACACAGCCGGAAUGAAUAACAAGCACAAAUCCUCAAUAUAUCGCACAGACAACAGUACUAGUAGUACAUGCAAGCUUUAUGCUCCAACCAUACAUCUAACACGAGUAAAUGUACAACCGCCAACAGGCUGACUGGUGCAGUACCAACUUAUUCAUUGGCAACAUUCUCGUGAUACAAGCAUUCCAUCAUAAUCCCGAAAUGUUUAAAUCGGGUUUUCAACCAGUGUGUGUUCUAUACCAAGGUAAUCAGUCUCCCUUUGAUGGAAGCUGCCAGUUGGUUUGCCGACAUCAGAUUCAACAAGAAGACAUCAACACAGGAGACACAGUUACGGUGAUAGAUUUAGGUGGCUCUAAUGGAAGUGGGACGGCUGGUGCCAAGAAUGAAGGACCUCCCAUCAGACAAGGCAUCGUUAUGGGUCAGGAGAUGGUCUCGAGUCUGAUUGCAGCUCAAUUCAAAACCAAACUGCCAGAAGAAACAAGUCCAAAUCCGAACAAAAGGAGAAAGAUGUCUGACGAACAAGAUAACUCAAAAGAUGAGAAAGGCAAACUAGAGACGAGCCUGCUCCGAAGUGUCAAUUCAGCUGUGAAUGUGCUAAGUAAUGAGGUCGCAAGGCAAUCCAAGGAGCUUGCUCACAUAAAGCAACGACAAAUCCAGAUGAUGAAUCUCCUUGAUGGGGUGUUCAGGAAACGAGAAGUCACAUACAUGGGAGAGUCGUCUUCAACAUCGUCUGUAGUUCAUGUCCGAAAUCGGGAGGAGGAGUUAACAGACUCGGGGCCAGUCAUAUCAUCUGUUCGGUCCACUGCUGCAGGAACUGGUGGCAAAGUAAUGAACAUUAAAUCUGAGAUCCAUGCAAGAAGUUCACCUGUACCUUCACAAGGUAGUGAGUCAUUCGAGGAGGGUUUGUACUCGGUGGUCAAACUGUCCCCAGAACAGGAGCAUGGAUGGGAGGAGGACCCAGGUACACCUUCGACAGCUGGAGACAAGCCACGGUAUCUUGAAGGGACAGUUCUGGACAACAAAGGGCAGUAUAUUGAGAAGGUAACAGCAGAAGAAAAGAACAAUCAAUUUGAACAGUCAGUCCUAGACAACAAGAAGCAGUAUCUUGACCAGAUAUUUAAAAACUGGCGACGUGGUGACAAUGUCGAGAUCGGAAACUACACUCUUAAGGUGAUGAUGCCCGUUACUGAGCUUGAAGAUAUUCUGUACAAGACGAACAAUGCUACCAGCUUCGCUUAUCGCUUGGCUGGGAAGUGCUUCACAUCGAGGGAGAUGUUGGAGGGCAACACAAGAGGUGGAGGAUUCCGCAUGGAUGGAGAGGUCUUCAAGCAACUGAAUCCGGACGUUGUGGAGAUGAUCGGAGGAGAAGUGAAGAAACGCUUUCCAUUCAGUGACGAAGCUUUGCUUUCUCGCAUUGUAAGGAAUGCCAUCAAUGAGAGGGCACGUAAUGAAAGGAAGAAGAAAGCUAGAUUCACCUCGCACAAGUUUGAAGACGAGAGCUCACCACAAAUAAUCACUGACUCAGAGACUUUUGAAUAAUUUUUCAGUUAAAGGAGACAUCACGUUGAAUUCUUCGAAAAUACAGCAAGAAGCUACAAUUUGUAUGUAACUGAAUCAAUCCUUAACUGAGUACUGCAAUAUUUGCAGAGAUGCCAACCCUUCCACAUCUAUUGUAAGGGUUCUGAACGCAUACAUUCGUAAUUCCGAAGCUUCGUUAUUCCGAGGGUUCGUAAGUCCGAAAACGAAAUGAGGUUCGUAAUUCC